ACAAAAGAACUAUUGCAACUCUCACGUUAUGGUUGGUAUUGGGGGCCGAUAAGUCGAUUGGAAGCAGAAGAAAAAUUGAACGGCCAAGCGGAUGGAACAUUUCUUGUUCGCGACAGUUCCGACGAUCACCACUUACUUAGUCUCAGUUUUCGUUCACACAAUGUAACAUUGCACACACGAAUUGAACAUUGUGAUGGCGUAUUUUCAUUUUAUGCUCAGCACGAAAGCGAAGGACGAUCUUCGAUAGUUGAGCUGAUAGAGAGUUCAGUCGCUGAUUCACAGGGUGGGGUGUUCUGUUAUUCAAGAGCCCGACAUCCCGGCUCUCCCAGUUUUCCUGUUCGAUUAGUUAAGCCACUGUCCAGGCUUGCUAAUGUUAAAUCUUUACAAUAUUUGUGUCGGUUUUUCAUUAGACAAAACACCAGGGUCGACUUGAUACAAAAGUUACCGUUGCCACUUAGUGUGAGGCAAUGGCUUGAGGAAAGACAGUAU